GAGAGCGGUGUGGCAGUGUAGGGGCUGGAGACAGGAGGCUCAGGCUACAGGCUGUGCAGAUAGGGGCUCAUUUGAAGGGAACCUAAGCCGUUAAGAUACAGAAAUGCUUAUGCACUGACAUCAGCUGAGAUAACGCACAGGCACUCCUGAUUUGAGGACAUCUCCCUCCACCCCCACCCCCUCCGUCUCUCUCCUCCAGGCAAGGUGAUACCCGAGGAGGCGGCUUUCAUCCAUCCACAGGCUAUUUUUACGCAUGUGGCACGGAGGCGACCAUGGCUGUUCCGCUUCGCUCUCGUCGGGAUUAUGAAGAGCGGCGCUGAAGUUUGACCGAGUCGAUGCUGUAAUUUGUGAAGUAUUCCAGCCUCGCGUGUUUUAUCGCUCCACAUCAAGGUGCUUUGCGCCUUGCACAGAAGGAGAGAGGGGGUCGCAAGGGGGAUUUCUCCUCUAGUUGGACUGUUGUCGUUUGCCCAACAAUGGUGCUGGACAAGGAAGAGAGUGUGUCUUUAGUGUCCCUCCAGUCCAGAGAGAAGCCACGGGGCUGUGCUGGCUGUAACGGAAGGAUCCGGGACCGCUUCAUGCUCCAGGCCCUGGACAGGUACUGGCACGAGGACUGUCUCAAGUGUGCGUGCUGCGACUGCCGGCUGGGCCGAGUGGGCUCCACCCUGUACACCCGGGCCAACCUCAUCCUGUGCCGCAGGGACUACCUGAGGCUCUUUGGGGUGACGGGGAACUGUGCAGCCUGCAGUAAACUGAUCCCAGCCUUUGAGAUGGUGAUGAGAGCCAGGGACAACGUCUACCAUUUAGACUGCUUUGCCUGUCAACUCUGCCGCCAGAGAUUCUGCGUGGGAGACAAGUUUUUCCUCAAGAACAACAUGAUACUGUGCCAGUUGGACUACGAAGGAGCCCAUCUUAACGGCAGCACUGAGAGGCAGCCUCAGUAAGAGAUCUAGAGCAGGAUGUUGUGCCGGUUGGACAAUGAAAGAGGCUUGGGUGAGAUGCAGCCUCGAGAAGGGGUAAUGUUCUGUUGUGGUGAGAGGAUCUGCCCACUGCAGCUCAGUCCUCAUCAGCUGACUGUUUCCAUGUUGCAGACUGAACCAUGUGUAGCCUAAGGGAGGACUUUCAAGCGUGGCGGUGUGAGGCUAUUACCCAGAAAACUGACAUUUCUGAUCAAACGGGCCAGAGAUCAAUCUCAAAUUGAAGAUGGAACAAUGAAAUUAUCACAAGGACAUUUUCCAAAGGGGCAGAGCGCUUGGUCAGGAGCAAUUGUGAAAGCUCUGCUAUUUUUUUCUCCACAUUCAGAGGUUAAGCAAACUACAACUAACCAGACCAGGAGCAACUAGAGUUUGCAAAGAAUUUUAGAGCGUGUUUGACCAUGCUUGAAAUACCAGACGGGUGGAGUUUAGCCCAUCAGGCCAAGCAUAGCAUCCAUUAAGUUCAUCCAUCAGAGAGAAGUACACAAAGUAGAUUUUUCUGUGAUGGUCAAAAUGUGCUGGCAGUCACUAUAUCAUUUUAUGUGGCAAACCCCACCCAUCUGGGAUCUGUGUGUAGCCUAAAAUGAACUGAAACCUUUGCAAAUGCAGCUCUGCAGCUGAGAAGGAUCUGUUCCUUCUUCAUCUCUUCACAUCUCGACUCAAAGACAUGACUGAGCAAUGUGGAACUGAAACACUGUUGUGGCUUUUUUCCCCCCAUCCUCCGAUGUUUUUUUUCUUGA